GGAAAGCUAGGAGGGGAGACGGAGCCCCCACGUCAGAGGCUCCCAGCCCUGCUCGCUGAUUCAAACUGAGAGCAGACUUUCUGAGCUGUGGGAAACCAAGGCAGGAAGAGGCCGUUCUCCAGCCUGCUCCAGAACCCCCCAGAUUCCCUCGAAAGGUAGAAUGAUUCCUCCGAGCAGUCGCCGGGAGGACCUGGGGCACGAGCUGAUCCAAGAGAACCCAGGGGGCAGCAGCGCCGAGCGACCUCCGUCCCCAGCCUCGACCCACAGCCAGGAAUCCAAGCUGCAGAAGCUGAAGCGCUCGCUCUCUUUCAAGACCCGAAGUUUACGGAGUAAAAGUGCCGACAACUUCUUCCAGGGGCCCGGCGGCGACGGCAAGCUCCCCGCAGACGCGGCGCCCGAGGGCCCCGGCAGCGGCGCAUUCCGGCCCCGGGGCGCGGGCAGCUUGGGCGCCACGCCCACCCGCGGCCGGCUGCAGCCCCCGGCGGACGGCGGGGCCCACGCCUUCCAGGAGCACGUCUUCAAGAAGCCCACCUUCUGCGAGGUCUGCAGCCACAUGAUCGUAGGGGGCAACGCCAAGCAGGGCCUGCGCUGCAAAGCGUGCAAGAUGAGUCUCCACCACAAGUGUGCGGACGGCCUGGGCCCCCAGCGCUGCAUGGGCAAACUGCCCAAGGGCUUCCGGCGCUACUACAGCUCCCCCUUACUCAUCCAGGAGCAGUUUGGCUGCAUCAGAGAAGUCAUGCCCAUUGCCUGUGGCAACAAGGUGGACCCAGUCUACGAGACUCUCCGAUUUGGCACGUCCCUGGCUCAGAAAACCAAGAAGUCGAGCUCGGGGAGCGGAUCCAGUUCUCCCAACCGGAACUCGAUCUCAGACCUUGGAGAGGUCCCAGAAGAAGUGCCCGGAGUAUUUUUUGAGCCCAGCAGGAGGCGCAGCAACAGUGUGUUCACAUAUCCUGAAAACAGGUCCGAUUACAUCAGAGAAGACUUGAAGACCACGAAUGGCCCCAUAUUCACCAAAGGCUCCCUGCACAAAGACACCUCACAGACCAGCACCUACGUUGCCUUGUACAAGUUUGUCCCCCAGGAGAAUGAGGACCUGGAAAUGAGGCCAGGAGACGUGGUCACUCUCCUCGAGGACUCCAAUGAAGACUGGUGGAAGGGGAAAAUCCAAGACCGGACGGGGUUUUUUCCCGCCAACUUUGUCCAGCGUGUGCAGCCGGAGGAGAAGAUUUUCAAGUGUGUGCAGACCUUCAUUGGCUGCAAAGAGCAGGGACAGAUCACCCUGAAGGAGAACCAGAUCUGUGUGACCUCAGAAGAGGGACGAGACGGCUUCAUCAAGGUCUGCAGUGGCAGAAAGAAGGGCCUGGUGCCUCUGGACAUCCUAGAAAACAUCUGAUUCUGUGCCCACUUGGGGCAGUGGAAACUUUGGCCGACAGCGGCCAGCGGCCUCUUCGGAUGGACAUUGUCGGUUCUGAUGACCCCCAGGGGAUCCAGACUGUAAAUGUCAAAUGCACACACACGGACACCCACAAACACCCACAAACACCCAAACUACUGAGCAACGGUGAGAAUGGAAACAGAGUGGAAGUUUGUUUAGGAAACGCAUUUAGUCAACCACUGAAUGGAGACUGGAGGCAAUGCCCUUCGCAGGGGAAUUGGGGGGAGGGGAGCAGGAAGCAGUUAGAAUUCAAAUAUACUUGUCUAAUAAAAGAUGUCUGUGUGUCUGAAGAAACCCACCGGUACCUGAGGUAAGCCUGUGUUACCGGAGACCCCAGCAGGAGCACUGACCUUCUCUGGACAACGUGGUCUGAUGCUUUGGUGUUGUGCCGUGGGAGCCACCGGCCAGUGGCUGCUGGCGGUCUCACUCAGACCCCUAGAAUGGAUCUCUUCCUGUGAGAGGAGACUGAGAGGCCGUCGCUGUUCUCUGAGCUCCCCACUGAGAGGCCGUUGCAUCAUCUGACCUCCCUCCUCUUCCCUCUGCCUCCAAUUUAUCUCAUUCCCAGUCCACAAGCAACACCUGUGUCAGUAAAGGCUACUUUCCAACUCCUUCAGAUGCUGGGAUCUACAGAUGUGGAGACUCUUGGAGAACUGAGCUUCCCCUUCACCUAAGCGUGGUCCUUAUCACUGUGGGGCCAGGAUGGCAUGAACCCCAGCUUUCUGUCCCCAAUAUUAGUCAAACAGUGGAGCAUUUUAAACUGGGAUAGCCAGCGUCCUCAGAAAGCUGUUUGGAGCCCAACAAUGUAGGAGGGUCUAGAAUCCCAUAUUACCAUAUUGUCAAGAAAUACAGUGGUCCACUGAGGUUCUCUCUCUCUCU